CUACUACGCCUACUUAAUACAAAUAUUUUUUUAGAAAUGGAUGAAGAAGAAUGUGAUAAACGAAGGACUGAAUGCUUUGACGAUAUGACCGACCUUGAAAUGCAGUUUUCAGAUUUAAAAGAAAUAUUAUAUCAUGAGCGUUUGAGUCAAGUUGACUCAAAACUUGCUGAGGUACAGAAAGGAUAUGCUAUAGAAUACCUAAAACCUCUGAAAGAACUGGAAGAACAUACUCAAAUGACAUUGCACAUAUGUGGUAUCCUGCGUAAACUAAAACUUAAAAAUAUUGAGAAUGCCUACGAAUGCGAAGGAAAAGCCGCAUUAGAACACUAUGAGAGUGAGAAGAUUCUGUUGAAAGAUGCUUUCCGUGCGGAUUUAGAGGAAAAAAUACGAAAGUUAGAGGAAGAUAGACACAAUAUUGACAUAUCAGCAGAAUUAUGGAAUGAGUCGCAGAAGAAACAUCAGCGUAAAUCAGAUUCUCUUCAUCCAGAUAAGAAGAAAAAACCUGUAGCUGUAUCAGGUCCUUUUAUCGUGUAUAUGUUGAAAGAAUUUGAGAUUCUCGAAGAUUGGACAGCAAUUAUGAAGGCAAGGGGAAUCAGUUCUAGAAGGAAGUCUGAUCAUGUGUACCAUUCUGAGGGCCACAGGCACCCCUACAGCGCUAGGUACGAGGAUGGACGACUGUACUACGAGGGUACAUGGUUCAGCAGGUCAUCACGCGUUGUCAUUGAAAAAAGAGAUGAUCCACCUGUCCAUGGAAUUAUCACAUCCAUCAACACAAGUGAGAUCUGGUUGAAGUUACCUGAUGGUACAAAGUCCAAACUGUACCUCUCCAACUUACAGAAAGGGCGAUACACCAUUAAGCACCAUACGUGACUUUGGCAAACAGAAUGAAGAGAGCGAUCAAUGAAUUUAGCAAUUGACAUUUCAUAUGACCAUGAAGUUGCUACCGUUAGGCAGACAUCAUUUUAAAGUCCCAAAUCGAUCAAUUCCAUGUGUUAUUGUGGUUAGAACACUGGAGUUCACCUUGCGCAUGAUUGAGCUAACUCAAUUGUUUGAUUUGUGAACAAAAUAAACAAUAAAGAAGAGACUCACUGAGGAAAGGAAUCUGGAAUUAUGCUGGCUCUUCGUACAUCACAGCAGCGGUGUUUUAUUCAUACAGUUGUGUAUGACCAUGCUGCUUAUUGUCCAGCUCGGAAUUCAGAGAUAGGAAGUGCAGUUGAGGGCGCACUCUAGUAUACUAUACUUGGUGGUGCAUGUUGGGAUCAUUUCAAUGACGACUCAACAAUCAGCAGAAAAUGUUGUGUCAGUCUUGCACUCACACGCUUUAAAAUCAACAAAACCAGACUGUUUAAAUUAAGUAUAUUAUGUUGAUUAUUUAUAUCUCUUGGUUCAUAAAGGUUAAAAGUUAUUCGCAUACUGUAAAUGUAUAUUUGUUACAGUGAUAGAUCCAGGGGUGGCAUAAAAGGCACUCGACCCCCAGCAGCUGCCAACUAAAUAUCUAACCUAACAUGAGUUUAAUUAGGAUAACAUGGUAUUGCAACUUCUGUAGUCAAAGAAAAUAAGGCUGAUGUGGUAUGGACCCUCAAUCUGUAAAAGUUGCUAGCCAGGCCCCCUCUAUUUUAAAUUUCUUGAUUUAACACUUUUAUACAAAUGAAUUUUGUAUGUAGCCUUAUAGGCAUGUAAUUAAUUGAUAAAAACAAAUGACUUUUCCAUCACGAUUUUUGGUUACAUUGUCCCUAGACAACUCAGACUUGUCAGAUUAAAAUAAUGUGAUAACCAAGAAAAAGUGACCUAUAAAUUUUCAUUCUGUCUCAUUUGCUUGAAAUUUUGGCACUUAAGGCAAACUAUUAGGUGCUACAGAAAUUUUGUAUUUGAAGACAUGGUUACUAAAAUGCACCUUAAUAACUAGAGAAGCCUGUAAAUCACUUCUGAUUGUUACAAAGGAACAAAUUAUAAAAUGUAGCGAACCAUUCCACCCAACCUGCCAGCAUUGUAAAUUGUUCACAUAUUUAAAUUUGGUUGCUUAGAAUGUUUCCAUUGUAUUACUGCCAUGUAAAUUUGUGGUUAAUAAAGCUCUGUCCAGGUUAUCACAUUUUCUUUGACAAAAAAACUUCUGUAUGCCCCCAUAUAUAUUCAUGAUGUGCCUAUAUAUGAUCAUGAUGUGUCCAUAUAUAGUCAAGAUGUGCCUAUAUAUGGUCAUGGUGUGAUAAUCAUGACCAUAUCUAGGCAUGUCACAUGUUUUUGUCAAAUAAAAUGUGGUAGACUGGACAGGGUGUAAGGAUAAACAUACACUAUUCAUAAAUCUGUCUGUCAGACUUAAUAAUGUUUUAUCAAACUUUAUCUGUUUGAAUAAAUCGAACAUUCUCUAAAUUCCAGCAUGAAAAGACAUCAUUUGUUUUGAUCAGAUAUCAGAUUAGCAUACAAUUUUGGAAGAAGUCUGAUCAAAUAUUGUUGAAUAUGACAGUAAUAGUGUAUGGCUGCCUUUAAAAUUGUUUUUGUUUAUAAAAGCAAAAUUUGUUGAUGUAGAUAUUUUAUGUAUAUUUUUUAUAAAGUGUAAUGUGUAGCUCUAAUGGUGAUUGUAGUAAUAUUGUAGUGAUACUCAACAAGUUUGAUAUGGUUGGUUGAAAUUCUUAUUUGUGAUACAAUGUACACCAAGGAUAACCCACCAAAUUCCGGAGACUUACUUCCAGUGUGGUCCUUAUUCUGAUCAAUUUACAAUUAUCUGCUUCUAGGUUCAUUAUAGAGUCACUAUGAAAAAAUUACCUAAUUGAUAAUUUUUUUAUAGCUUAAUAUAAAUAAUUUUCUCGCUUAAGAGUUUUAUUUUUCUUGCUUCCAAAAUGUAAGAGCAUUAUGAAAUAUAGAAUUGGAUUUAUGA